GACAGGACAAGAAGAAACAGCCACAAGUCCCUUCAGGGGAUAUGCCAGCUGGCGGUGUGCACACGCUCCCUUCCUGUGCCCCUCAGCCUGCCAGGGUGCAAGUCUGCAACAAAACCCCAAGAUAACGAAGCAGAAUCGGUUUCCUUUGCCUGAUCUGUAAACAUGUCCACAGACCUGCUAUGGUGUGAGGAUUGCGGUAAAAGCCUUAUAGGAGAAUGCAAACUCCACGGACCACUCAUCAGGGCUAAAGAUAGGGUUAUUCCUAGCCGAGCCCGUCUCACCCUACCUCACUACCUCACUUUACGAGUGUUGGAGCUGCGAGCUGGAAACCAGCAGAUCCUUGGAGUAUUUGCAAAGAAAGUAAUACAGAAGAGAACACAGUUUGGUCCUUAUGUUGGUCAACUGUCUACAAAACUGACCCGCUAUGAUGAGAGCAGGCUAGUCCUGCAGGUAUUGAAAGAUGGAGGGAAGUACUUUCUGGACACUCCCAAUGAAGACUGUGGAAACUGGAUGAUGUUUGUCCGGCUAGCCCGGAACCAAGAAGAACAGACCCUUGUGGCUUAUCAGCACUGUGGAGAAGUCUACUUCACAACUGUUAAGCCAAUUGAACCCCAUACAGAAUUGAAAGUUUGGUAUGCUGCUGAUUAUGCCAAAUUUAUGGAAGCUUCUGCAGUCUUCAUUAAAGAAGAAUCUGAUGUCUGUCCUUUGCCUCCAGUAGCAAAAGAGCCUGUAGACCCUUGGAUAUGCUCCAGCUGUAGAAGCACUUUUGCAACUUUUGCUUUGCUGGAAUCUCACCAGUGCAUCCAUAAAGACCGAGUCCUUACCACCAGGUUCAGACCACCAAAUAAAUUGGGACCUGUAAAAGCAAAAAGCAAACUCAAAGGGAAACUGAGAGGAGCGGCAUUAGGCAAAAGCAUUGCUCAGUGCUUUGGGACCAUUUCCUGUUCCUCUGCUGCAAAGCUUAGCUGUGCCAGCUCAGGAAGCACUUGUGAUGGUCUUGUGAGGUUUAUACCUAAAUGGAGAAACGGCCGGUCUUCACUGUUGAAGGGAAGAGAAGUGAAGAAGCCAGACAGUUACCCUUGCCAACUCUGUGGGAAGAUAUUUGAUUCCAUUGACAAGCUCACAGUCCACACUUACGCGCACAAAGGGGAGCGCCCCUACAAGUGUUCACAGCACGGAUGCACAAAAGCCUUCAUUUCCAAAUAUAAACUGCUCAGGCACUCAGCCACUCAUUCUCCACAGAAAUCUCACCAGUGUGGCUACUGUGAAAAGACCUUUCACAGGAAAGACCAUCUAAAGAAUCACCUUCAGACUCAUGACCCUAACAAGAUGGCCUUCAAGUGUGAAGAGUGUGGCAAGAAGUACAACACCAAGCUAGGCUAUAAGAGACACUUGGCUCUUCAUGCAGCCACCAGUGGGGACCUUACCUGUAGGGUAUGUGCCCAGGAGUUUGGCGGUACUGAAGUUUUGUUGGAACACCUCAAAAGCCAUGCAGGGAAACCAACAGGUAAUACCAAGGAAAAGAAACAUAAGUGUGACCACUGUGAGCGUCACUUCUAUACCCGUAAAGAUGUGCGGCGUCACAUGGUAGUUCACACAGGCUGCAAAGACUUUCUAUGCCAGUUUUGUGCCCAGAGGUUUGGGCGGAAGGACCACUUGACUCGCCAUACUAGGAAGACUCAUCCACAAGAACUGCUGAAGAGCAGGUUGCAGAAUGGUGACUCAAUGGGUCUCCUUGACCAGCUUUUUCCAUUCAGACUGAAGGAAGACACCAGCAUACUGUCCCCUUUUCCUGAAAGGGUCUCUGUGCAGAAUGGGAUUUUGAAUAGUUCAGAAUCAGAGGAAUACAACUGUUCACAUCUUCAUUCCCAGCCAAGCUUACAAACUGCUCUUCCUCUUGAACCUUCUCCUCAUUUGCAAAGAAUGGGCUGUGCAGACAGCCUUCCAGCUGUCCAUCCCACACCAUGCUCAACAGCCAUUCCUGCCAACCUGAACCUUCAUCAGCCUAAUAAAUACGACCUUAGUUCUACCUCAUUUGCAGCAGGAUCCCUCAAGAAUUUACCAAUAAAAGUGGAUGUUAAAGGUUACAACGUGCAUCUUCUUGAGGACCUGCCAUUACCAGAACCUCAAUCUCUCCACAAAAUCAGUCUGGAAGAAGCUUCCUCAGGGCCUGUAGGGGAUACGAACAGGUACCCAGUGCACAAGGAGACAGAGGCAGCAGCUGAAACUACGAGCCUGCCUUUCAUGGAUCUCACUCAUGUGAUGAGUUUCUGGCAGCUCCCACCAGGUGACAACCAGAACACUACUGGGGACAUCACAAUGGCAUUUGGUCCAGAGGAACCAUCACACAGGCUGAAUGGCCUCGGCCAACAGCAAGGUCUUCAGCUGGCAACUGGUGGGAUGGCCAUAAACCAGCUGCAUCAUCUUCCUCGCUCCUUUCCAUCCACUACAAAUUCUGUAACGUUGCCUCAUUUUCACCAUGCCUUCAAAUAACUAUCACCAUGGGGUUUUUUUUCCUCCUUUUUUUAAGACUGUGCUUCUUCAAUCUGUUAGGAUGGGGUGGUUUUGGUUUUGUUUUGUUUUUAAGAAAAACUGCCCCAAAUGUUUUCAAAGCACGUUAUGAACCUGGUAGUUAAAUUCAGGAUGUUAAUAAACAAGAAGAUCUAUUUUUCAUACUACUAUUAGUUUUUUAGCAUAUGGCAAUAGUAGAACUAACAUAUUUCCCUCAACACCCUCUAUAUUUUUGUUUCUUAACCUUUCAUGCAAACAACUGAAUAAAUAUCUUCAAUGAUAGCAAAGCAUCAUAACAGGCUCAAUGAAACUAUGGCUGCUGCGGUAGGAGAAAUAGGGUUAGGGUGAACGGGAAGAAGGGGGAAAUCACAGAAAAAUAAUUUUAAUGAGCCAUAAAUCACAGCAAAUUUAUACACAUGGCAAAUGUAACAAACGAUUUAUCAACAUCACAUAGAUUUCUGAUAAACACUUAAUUACUGAACUUUAUGAAUCUUUAAUUUAAAUCAGAAUCAUUCCAAGAGUAAAUCUUACCUCCUUGUUUCACUUUUUUUAAAUGAAGAAGAUCACUGUUGUGAUUAUGUUUAACUAGAUUUUGUUUUCUGAAGCGCAGUUCAGCUGUGUGCAUCUCCUGCAUUUUUUCCUAGGGCUGGAAAUAACUACCACUUUUGCAUUACUGUGUUAAGAACUGAUGUCUUGUAUAUGUGCAGUUUUCAGAAUGGGAAGUGAAUUGUCUCAAAGGUUAGAGCAAAACAUAAAUUUUCACUUAGAGCUGGAUCUGGCAAGGUAUCAGACACUGAUCUGUCUCUAGUAAAGCAUACAAGCAUUUGCUUAAAUUUAAGCAUAUGUUAUCCCAUUGGGUCAACAGCUUGGUUGAUUUAACAAUCAAUGAAAAACAAUGCUUCCUACCUAAGGGGCCUUUAUUCACCUUUUGUUGAUAAAAAUGGCCUUUGUUUAGUCUGGGAAAUGAUGAUUAAUCAUAGCCAUCUGAAAUGUGGAUUCCUUCACAGAAAGCCAACCCUGGCCCGGGGGAGCCUACGACCAAGCAGGACCUCUGUGGGGCCAGGGGCAGGUCCACGCACAGAAGGGUUGUGGUGGGGAGCUGACAGCGGGCCCUGUUCAAAACCAGGUUAUGAACCUGCCUCACAAGCGUCGCCUGAAAUUAGUGGGUGUGAUAAUGGUCAAGGCCAUCUUAAGCACAGGGGUUUUGCUCAGUAGCGUUGGGACAGCUGCAGGUGGACGUCCAGCCCUUGUUUCUUCCAAACUAGAACCACGGGAACUUUUGUUUGUUUCCUGGGGUAAGUUGUCCAUGUACAUUUCCAGUUGACGGUGUGUUGGUGUGAUAGUCCUAUCACCUGCUGCAUGAACUAGCAGAAAUUGCAAAAAUCACGUCUCCCAAUAGAUGACAUUAUUAAAAAAAAAAAAAAGCCCAAACUCUUCACAAUUUACUUUCUUGCCUAACCCAUAGUUAUUAAAAAAAAAAAAAAUCCUGGUUUUGGUGGAUGAUGCGGUUACUGCUGGAUUCUGUUGCGGCUAAAACAGACAGAGAAUUUCUGAAUCUGAGUAAAUUCUCGGACCCCCAGAGCUACUCUUCCAUUAAGUCCAAAGACAGUUAAUAGUACCUAAUGAUCAUUAUAAAUAUAACGUGAAGCAAGCAUGUUCUCUUCUCCUCCAUUAAUCACAGGAAUAUUUCCAGACAGCUUCAAAUAAUAAAAAAUAUUUUUUAAAUCAUUGCUGUUUUGCUGUUGAUGAACUACAAUGACAUUGUACAACUACAAUGAUCCGAAUAUUCUUACAAGUUUAUCAGUACUUGGAUUAAGGAAAGGUUGUAUUAUUGCAGUUCAUGCAAGAAUAUAUUCUUCAGAUAACACUGUUGAGGGGUAUUUUUUGUUAUGAAAAUUUUUGGCAUAAGGCAAACCAGAAGGAAUUUUAAGAUCAUUCUUGUAAUGACAACAGCAGGAGGAAGAGCAGGUGCUGCACAGUCAUGCCCAGUUAGCAGUUGUUAUUUAAAUUACAAGUUCCAGAAUAGGGAGAAGGUUGCAAACAAUGUUAUAUGCACGUUCUACAGCUAGGCUUAUAUUUUCAUCCAGACUUGGAAAGAUGUGUGUAUACUCACUUACUGCAUUGUUUUCCUUGUUCAUGCAAAUUGUAUUCACUUGGCUUCAUCCAAGCUUAUGUACUUGUAAAAAAAAAAAAAAAAAACAACACAAAAACACCACAAAUUUUGUAGCACUGCCUGAUCAUAUACUGUUAAUAGACAUUUUGUCAUUUUGGUUUGUGCUUCUGUAAGAGGUGUAACUAAUUACUGAAAUACUUGUCUGUCUUUGAAUUAAAAUGUGAUGUUAAGAAGAAAACAUUAUGCGAACACUGAGCUAGACUGGCACCCAUGUUCUUUCAGCUGCUUGACUAGCAGGGUGCCUGAGCUCUGAGCUGCCAAGAGAGGUGCUGCUGCCUGACCUCAGCCCCUUCUGAAACAUGGAAAGAUGCGUUGAUGAGAGAUGCUUAGCGUAUGUAACUAUGGGUUAAAGACCAAGUCUCAUUCAAGUAAAAAGAAAAUAACCACUUUUGAUAUUAAAAUGCUUAAAAAGCACAUAAUGAUGGUGUCUACAAGUAAAACAGAGAAGCAAACCUUAAAUGUGUAAUACUGCAGCUUUGACCCUUCAGUCCAUUUCUUUUUCCAGAUUCUUGACAUCAUAAAUGUAGAGGAAGCUGAUGAUGUCCCAUCACAAGGGAAGGCAAGUUAUUUCAAAAGGUUAUGUUUGCAGAAAACUUGUUUUAAAAUCCUCACAACUCAGGAGAUGAUACCUCCCAAGUCAUCUAAUACUUAAAGUAGGGCUGGACUGUCUGAUUGAUAGCUUUUGUUAGGGGGACUUCUUUGAGCAUUUUUGAGAGGCCAUCAGUAGCUGAGGCUCAAUAAUGCUUUGUUUCUGGGCAAACAAAUUCUGUGGGCUCAGUGGACCUGCCUGGUGUGGGCCUGAGUAUCUCAUUGCUGGAAGAGCAAUAGUUUGCUUUUGGUGGGGGUAAGAUCAUAGGCAAGGCAGUGCUAAAGGAGAGGUGUGGAGACAG